AUUGAAUGGUAGGGACUUAAGAAAAUCUAAAUUAUUUUUAUAUAAAUACCGAAACAUAAAAGUCACAAUCGUCAGUUUUCUUAGACACACAAGUCUCCUGCAGAGUUCAUAUAAAACCGAGUCUUUAUCCAAAACAAACGAAAAAAUGGCAGCUAAGUUGAUCGUGUUCGUCGCCUUAUUCGGCCACUUGGCCCUAGCCUAUCCACCUACGAUCUUCGAGCACAACAGUUACGAGCAACACGACGACGACCAUUACGCCCACGCACCCACCCCAUAUCACUUCGAGUACGCCGUAAAAGACCCACACACCCACGACGUCAAGAGCCAUCACGAGUCGAACGACGGUCACGGCAACGUCAAAGGCUCGUACAGCCUCCUGGAAGCCGACGGUUCAACCAGGGUGGUCGAGUACACCGCCGACGCCAAACACGGUUUCAACGCCGAAGUGAAGAAAAUCGAAGCACCGGCUCACUACCAUUACGAUGCGCCGCACUCCACCAGCUACCACGAGCCCAUCCAUCAUCCGUACAAACCGUCUUCGCCAUACCAUUACUGAUGAUGCGACUGCCGCGGCAUUGGCUGCUGUCCACCGUCGUCUCGUGAUCGUGUCGAUAUUGUUUCAUGUAUAAUACUUUCAUAAUAACCUUUCUGUAAAAUAUACUUUUAAUAAACCGUAGCUCAGCACUCUAUAA